AUGGACGAGUAUGAGGAGGCGGUUCUGUUCACAUUUGCGCUGCUGGAGUCGCGCCUGACCCGAUUGGAGUACAUCUUGGGCAACAAGAGGGAGGGCGAGGAGAAACCUAAGACAGUGCCUGAGCGCAUACACAAAAUCGAGAAGUCGUUGCAGGAGCUGUCGGCCAAAACGACCCUGCUCAGCGAUGCGCAAGAGCUAGUGAGCAAGCACAAGGACGUCCUGAAGCUAGAACAAGAGACGGAAGAUGCAGGUCUCGACACCGAGGAAAAAGCCGUCGUAGUCGUCGAGCGCGCGCCUCAAUUCGCUACUACCGCAUCGCAGCUCAAGGCAUUGGAUGACCAGCAAAUACCUUCAACUGACGGCUUUACCAAGCUCGCGAAGCUCCUGCCUCGCAUCGCCGAAGCUGAGGACCGCCACCUGCAACAGGCGCUGCAGAUAUCACUGCUUAGGAAGAAAAAUGGUCUACUCGUGCAGCGUGUGAAGCAGGUACAGUUCCUCGGCGCUGCUCGCUGCUGGACAGAGUGGCAAGGCCGGCUGCAGAACGUCCAGAAGAAUGUUGCGCGCAUUGAGUUCAAGAAGCGUCAGGAAGAGGAGGAUGAGCUAUGA